ACAUUAUCCACAAUCCAAUUUAUUCUCAGAAGCAAUAUAAUUCAAUUUUAAAAUCCUAAAUUAUCUCAAUCACAGCAAAUUAAGAAGAGAAGAAUGGAUAUCAGGUUAAUGGGAUUAGAUAAUCCACUCUUUCACACUCUCCACCACAUGAUGGACCUCGCUGCAGAUGAUUCAGACAAGUCCAAUAAUGUCCCAUCAAGGAACUACGUGCGCGAUGCUAAGGCCAUGGCCGCGACACCAGCGGACAUUAAGGAGUUCCAAAACUCGUACGUUUUUAUAAUAGACAUGCCAGGUCUUAAGUCAAGCGACAUCAAAGUACAACUAGAGGAAGACAAUGUGUUGAUUAUUAGCGGCGAGAGAAAAAGAGAAGAGGAGAAAUUAGAAGGGGCAAAAUAUGUGAGAAUGGAAAGAAGAUUUGGGAAAUUUAUGAGGAAAUUUGUGUUGCCUGAAAAUGCAAAUGCAAAUGCAAUUUCUGCUGUUUGUCAAGAUGGGGUAUUGACUGUGACUGUUCAAAAAUUGCCUCCACCUGAACCAAAGAAGCCUAAGACAAUUGAAGUGAAAGUUGCUUAAAAAUAUGAGAUGGAAAUGAAAAUUAAUUAGUCGGCAAUGUCGCUUGUCAACUGUUAUGUUUGGU